CAACUGCACCAGUCAACAAUUCACUUUCCGCGAGUACGGGGUAAAUGAGACGGGACACUUUACUUCCAAUGAUCGUGAACUGACCGACCGUUUAUCGACAAAAUUAAGGAAAGGCAAGAAUCAUCGCUGAAAAUUAAACUUUUCUUCAGGACGACAUCUACUUUUAUAUAUUAAUUAUGAUGUACAACAACUUUGCUCCGGAGUGUGACUCGUCUUCACGGUGCAGCACUGCUUCUCCGGCCGGUGACAACCUUACUUACUAUCCAUCUCCGGCAGACUCCUAUUCAAGCAUCGGCUCUCCUAUUAAUCAAACUCAGGACUUUACUGACCUCCCGGUCGCAAGCGCUUCUUUCAUCCCAACUGUCACGGCUGUCUCCACAACUCCGGACUUGCAGUGGAUGGUCCAGCCAACUACCCUUAUCUCCUCCGUGGCUCCAUCACAGACACGAAUGCAUCCAUACGCUACCCAAGAUUCGAGCUCAGCCUAUCCCAGAAUUGGGAUGGUUAGGAGCAGUGGACCCAAGCUGCAUUCUGGCAGGAGGGGCAAAAUUGAACAGCUUUCUCCUGAGGAGGAAGAGAAAAGGAAUGUCCGGAGAGAGAGGAAUAAGAUGGCUGCUGCAAAAUGCCGCAACAGACGGAGAGAACUGACUGACACCCUGCAAGCUGAAACUGAUGCUUUGGAGGAUGAGAAAUCCAUACUGCAAUCUGAAAUCGCCAACCUAAUGAAAGAAAAGGACCGACUGGAGUUUAUCCUAGCUGCUCACAGGCCUGCCUGCAAGAUCCCAUCUGACCUGGAUGCUGGCUUUCCCGAGACUUCAGUCUCCCCUGUACACAGCUUCUGUAACGACCUAAAUUCCAUCACCAGAAAUGCCAUUUUGACAAGCCAGCCGAAGGAGUCUGUAGUCUCUUCCAAAUCUUCCGCAUUCCUUCCUGGCUCUGAAGUCGAGGUUAGCGGUUCAACAGUCAAGAUGUCUGACCUGGACAGCUCACUGGAGGAGUCUCUAGAACUGCUGGAAUCGCUGAAGAAGACUGCAGAAGAGACCGUCCGAUCUGUGCCAGAUAUGGAGCUUUGCAACUCCUUCUAUGCACCAGAGUGGGAACCUCUGUACACAUCAGCCACAGCUGACUUUGAGCCUCUGUGCACCCCAGUAGUGACCUGCACCCCUGCCUGCACAACAUACACAUCUUCCUUUGUGUUUACCUACCCUGAGGCAGAAGCCACUCCCAACUGUGGUGUGGCCCACAGGAGGGGAAGCGGCAGCAAUGAUCAAUCUUCAGACUCUCUUAGUUCCCCCACUCUUCUUGCCCUAUGAGGGUAACUCUACAAACUCUCUUUAAAAAAACAUUUUAGUGUAUGAGCGCACCAAUUCCAGGGCAGUGAUAUGCCUCAAGUGUAGCAAAAAGCAUGCUAAAUCCUACUACUGCUGUCUAAAGCAUGUGAUAUCAUGCAUUGUAAAAGUAUCACAUUUAAUGGUUUUCAAUUUAUUGGUGCUAGCUAGAUAUAUUUAAUCUACUUAAACUGACUAAUGUGCUUACUGCAAUAGUGAUAAUCUAAUGAGAUUACUCUCUGAAGUAACUAUUGUGAACUCGCAUUCAUAAAUGGUGUACUUUGUCUAACCAUGGUCUAUAAGUGGUCUUAAUUGGAGUAUGGAAUAAGUUUUCUGUGAAAACGUUUGCUGUGUUUACAUGUAACUGUUCUGACAUUUAUAUUUUUAUUUUUCUAGAGUUUUGAAAUGCUUGUCAUAAGCAAAAUGUUUGUCAGGUAUAAGAAAUAAAUAGUCUGAAAAGA